GGCUCGGCCUGUAUGUACUUGCACACCUGUACAACUUACCUGUAUAGUUCACCUGUACAAACAUACCCUGAGCAUUUUAGGGGCGGAGGGACGCCUUCACCCUAAAUGUAACAGUUUCAGAAGCUUGCUUGUUCAUCGUUCUUCAUAUGACCAAACAUCACUAGAGGCUUAAUCUUUGUAUACAUCGGUAAAUAGAUGACAAAUCGUCAAACUAGAUUUUCAAAUAUGGACACGUUAUUAGUCACGUGAGUGAGUUUUUACCUUUGAAGAGACACCGAUGAAGCUGCACGAACUAUACCUUGACCAUGGAAAGUCCACAGAACCAAACGUACAUCUGACAAGAUCUGAUAUCUGAGCUGGUAAUCUCCAUGUCGGUGUCGAAUGCUACAACCGUAUUUGACGUCACGUCGAGUUUACCAUUCAACACAACCACGUCACACAUGGCGGGGUCGCCAAAUGGCGACAAGUCGAGUGGUGUUCUUCAGGCGACUGUCCUGGCGGUUGUGGCAGUUUUAAUAGUCGUCCUGGCAGCCAUUGGCUGUACCUACAUGUACCGCUCAAAAAGAAUGUCCCGAAUAUGUGAUUUCUGGAAUCGACAGCGCAGGCGCCGAUUAUCUUCCGCAAGUAGCCAACGCGCCCUCGACGACGAGGGUACAUCUAUUGAUAUUCCCGGAAACAGACGAGAGGUCAACCUGUUCUCAAUCGAUGACGAAGAACCGAACCGAGAAAACGAUGACGGUUAUUUUUAUGACGAGGUGUUUGAAAGGUCGGCAUUCGUCGAUGCAAAGACAAAUGCAGCUUUGAAGGAAUUGUAUGUAAACACAGAGGAGGAACUUCCAGACCUGAGUUUACGAUCACCAAGAUAUUGACAUGUUGUUCUCAUAUCAGUUUGUAAUACUCGAGUGAAACCAUCCGCAUGCUGUUAUAACGUGGAACUAUCGCCAGUUCGAUAAAUAUUCUGUAUAAUAUGACAUUAACAUAUUAUUCUAAUCCACUCCAUCAACACUUGAUCGUAAACAGAAUACACCGCACAUGAUACACAUGGCGUCUUUAUCUGUUAUCUGCUACAUGUCAGUGAUUGAUGACUCCGUCAUAGUUCAUAGCAAAGAGGGUGGGAAUUAAUCUGGUGAUCACGUAUCAACUUUAUAAAUGUUCACUGUUGAUGAAAAAUGUUGUAUAAUAACGUCUAUGCUGUAGCAAAAAGUUUCACAGUGACGACAACAUACAUAUAUGAUGUCUAUUACUGUAACGAAGUACAUUUUGUAAAUUAGAUUGGAUGACAACAUUUAUGUCCAUAACUGUAACGAAUUACAUUAGAUUGGAUGACAACAUUUGUUAUGUUCAUUACUGUAACGAAUUACAUUAGAUUGGAUGACAACAUUUGUUAUGUCCAUUACUGUAAUGAAUUACAUUAGAUUGGAUGACAACAUAUAUGACGUCCAUUUCUGUAACGAAGUGAAUGACAACAGAUACUGAUACACUUCGUUACAGUAAUGGACAUGAUAUAUAUUGUAUAUAUGAUUGUAUAUAUUGAGAAUCAAAGACUAUGGUGUUAUAAUUCACAAACGGAACCUGUAAACUUAUAAAGGAUAGUACAUGUUUUUACUUAUUUUGCCAUUUUAUGACAUACAACUACAAACCUUGAAUCUGGAGAGCACAUUUUACGUUAGAUAAAGCAUGCUCGUAUGUUCACCCUUUUAGUCGACAUGCUAUUGCAUUUUAAGAUCCCCCGAGACGACGUCUCAGUUGACCUAUUGCGACGCCAUUUGUCGUACGUCGUAAACAUUCAAAUUUUCGACUUUUUUUGCAAAACCACUGAACCAAAUUCGAUGAAAUAUGGCAGGACGCUUUCAUGGGUGAAGGUUAACAAGAAUUGUGAACUAUAUGGUCCCCACCCCAAGGGCCGGGGCCAAAAAGGGAAAAUUGACUAAAAUUUCAAAACUCUUCUCCUCAUCUCCCAGAUAUGGCAGAAGCAAAUACUCUUCACAGAUAGAAAGGUGUAAGGGUCCGUUACCUCAAUUAUGAAUUCGAUGACCCUUGGGUCUCACGUUUCCCCCUGGGGAGGGGGUUAACUUUUCUAUAGUUUAUAUAGGGAAAUCACAUUUCUGACUAUCAUUUGUACAAAAAAAUGUAUUAUUUUUAUUGGAAUUAAUUCUAUCUUUGUUUUAACAUUAUCAGCAUUGGACAACUUGCCAAUUAAGUGAAACAUUUCAAAUUUCAGGUGACCGUUAAGGCCCAUGGGCCUCUUGUAUUUACAUAUGAGGUGAUUCAAGUAAAUGAACCAACAUUGACGUACAUUAUAUAGGUCAUGAAGUGAUUCCAGUAGAUGAACCAACAUUGACGUACAUUAUAUAGGUCAUGAGGCGAUUCCAGUAGAUGAACCAACAUUGACGUAUAUUAUAUAGGUCAUGAGGUGAUUCCAGUAGAUGAACCAACAUUGACGUACAUUAUAUAGGUCAUGAGGGGAUUCCAGUAGAUGAACCAACAUUGACGUACAUUAUAUAGGUCAUGAGGUGAUUCCAGUAGAUGAACCAACAUUGACGUACAUUAUAUAGGUCAUGAGGUGAUUCCAGUAGAUGAACCAACAUUGACGUACAUUAUAUAGGUCAUGAGGUGAUUCCAGUAGAUGAACCAACAUUGACGUACAUUAUAUAGGUCAUGAGGGGAUUCCAGUAGAUGAACCAACAUUGACGUACAUUAUAUAGGUCAUGAGAUGAUUCCAGUAGAUGAACCAACAUUGACGUACAUUAUAUAGGUCAUGAGGUGAUUCCAGUAGAUGAACCAACAUUGACGUACAUUAUAUAGGUCAUGAGGUGAUUCCAGUAGAUGAACCAACAUUGACGUACAUUAUAUAGGUCAUGAGAUGAUUCCAGUAGAUGAACCAACAUUGAGGUACAUUAUAUAGGUCAUAUGGUGAUUCCAGUAGAUGAACCAACAUUGACGUACAUUAUAUAGGUCAUGAGGUGAUUCCAGUACAUGAACCAACAUUGAGGUACAUUAUAUAGGUCAUAUAAGUACUAAUGCUACUAUAGACGACUUUGAUUUAUAUCGGUUUUAUGUUCACAGGAUUGGUGCUAAUAAAUAUUUCCAGGACAAUAAAACAAUAAAGAGUUGAAUGAGCUGAUCUAUUUAUAGAUUACGUUUUAACAAACAUUUGUUGAUUACUGAUGCGUUGUAUACAUUAUAUCAUGUAAACAACCAAAGAUUGUUUUGUUUUAUACAGUAUCAAAUUAUUAUAUAUUAAUGUGCCAUAUUAUGAAAUAAAGUUUAUUUCUGGAUUAAGGAAUUCCUAUUGUUACAUUGGUACGAAUUGUCACUUACAAGUUCAGAAGUGACUUGCUGUCAGUUAAUAAAACAGAAUGUAGCUGAUGCUGGAUUUGUGAUGA